AUGUCAAAUGUUACGAACAAACGUUUCAAUUUAUCGAUUUAUUUACUCUUCAUUAUUCUUCUUACUGAUCAUUUCCUGUGCGUUCAGUCAUUUGUUAUUUUUGAUGAUGAUCAACUACAGAAGCAGCUCGAUAGUAUUCGACAAGGUGUAAUUCAACAGAUAAAUACUGAUGCUUUGAUAAAUUCAGAGUAUUCGUCGUCAACAAAUGUUGCUGAAUUUCAAAUAGCAUUACAACGUCGCUUUUGUUGCAUGAGUCCAAUCAGUGGUCGGAAACGGUUUACUCGAGAUCUGCCGAAGCAAUCAUUAUUGGACUUUCUGAUAAAAUAA